UCUCUCUCUCUCUCUAUUUCUCUCUCUCAACCCUCUCUCUGACUCUCAGCAGAUUUGACCAAUAGGCUCAGCCCACCCCCCUCCGUGGGGCCUCGAGGAUAUAAGAAUGGUAUGAUGAGGGCACGUAGCCAAGAGGAUGCAGUCAUACGACGGAGCUGACAGAUACGCGCUUCACUUGGGCUCCAUUUCAGUCAAGUGUGUGUACAGUAAUAUCUUAAUAGUGUAACAUCACAUCAGGAGACAGUAUUGACUGAUACUGGCAGAGAUUUGAGGUGUGUUUUGAAGGGAGACCAGAUACUUCAUACCACUUAAUUGGUGGGAACUACUCAAGAAAAUGGAGAGAGAGAUAAUGUGAUAUCAAGUAAAUGAUAAAUAAUGUCUGUGUUGGGUACCUGCUCGGUUUGGGUUGAACAGCUUCUGCACAUAUACAACUUAUUCGGGAUUUCUUGUCAGAGUGCUCUGCUUUUGUGAGCCGUGUUUCCGUGUGCAGUUUUCCAGGAAGCUAGUCGGCUCAGCUCUCUGGUCUUACUGACCUAGGCCCAAGGGUCUAUUUAAAGAGCUGCACACAAAAUGGAGAACUCUACAAAUGGAAAAAACUCAAACGAACUUGCGCUCAUAUGCAACAUGACGGGCACUCACACCUUCAUCUCCGCUUUCAUCCCAGUUGUGUACAGUUGUAACUUUGUCAUUGGCAUCGUGGGCAACAGCAUGGUGGUGGCUGUAAUCCACUACUACAUGAAGAUGAAGACUGUGGCUAACAUAUUUGUGUUGAACCUGGCCGUGUCUGAUCUCACGUUCCUCAUCACUCUGCCCAUGUGGGCCACCGUCACAGCCAUGGGCUACCACUGGCCCUUCGGCAGCUUCUUGUGCAAGGCCACGGCCGCCCUGGUCUCCUUUAACCUCUACACCAGCGUCUUCUUCCUCACCGCACUUAGCAUCGACCGCUACCUGGCCAUUGUGAGCCCAGUGGAAUCCCGCCGCUACCGCACGGUGCGCUACGCCCAGAUGACGUGCAUCCUGGUCUGGACGGUGUCGCUCCUGCUCAGCCUCCCCACCGCCCUCACGCGCAGCACCAUCCCCAUCAAGGGCACCAACAUCACCGUCUGCGCCAUCCCCGGCGACGAAUCCGACCGGUGGCUGGUGCCCCUCAGCCUAAUGAAGAGUGUCCUGGGGUUCGUCGUCCCACUCGUCAUCAUCCUCACCUGCUACUGCCUGAUUGGCCGGGCGCUGCAGGGGCCAAAAUGCAUCCAGGGGAGCAACAGGUGCCACGGCGACGAGGUGCUCUACAUGCUGGCGGCGGCCGUGCUGGCCUUCUUCCUCUGCUGGGCCCCUCACCAGGUCUUCAACCUCAUGUACUUGCUGCUGCAUCUCAAUGUGAUCAGCGACUGCCACACUCUGGAUGUCAUCGACACGGCCAUGCCGUUCACCAUCUGCAUCGCCUACUUCAACACCUGCGUCAACCCCAUCCUGUACGGCUUCGUGGGGAAGAACUUCCGCCGGAGCCUCCUGAGGCUGCUGAGGUGCGCCGAGGCCCGUCCGGUCGCCUCCCACCCCAGCCUGUCCACCAAGAUGAGCACCCUCUCCUACCGCGCCUCUGACAGUCUACUUCUCACAGCUGGCAAAACAUCCUCUCUGACCCGAAAUGAACACUGCGGGGUGAAGAAAUAACAGGCUGCAGGAAAGAACAAAGCACCAUGCAGCUCCAACACAGGAAUGGAUCACUUGAAAAAAACAAUGUUUGUGCUUCAAAUCUCUCACACUGUUGUUUUGGUGUGCUGGAAGAUUUUUUAUGUUAAGGCACAUUUAAGGACUGCAAAAAGGGACAGAUAUGCAUAUUUUGUCUUAUGUUUUACUUAAGCAUCCAGAAAAACAAAACUGCACUGCAUUUGAGAACUGUAAAAGUGUAAUAAGUCUAAAUCUCUUAUGUCCACCCAGGGGUUUGAAAAAAUACAUACAGUGCGAAAUUCUUUCAGUGAUUUUGUGAACUAUUUACACUGUCUUUUUCUGUUGAUUUGUUUGUGAAGUGACCCGUGUAAUAGCAUUUCCCAAAGGUAUAGGCAAGCUCGAUAGGCAAGUCAGCGAUGAAAAAGAAUAACUAUCAUUAA